GUUAUAAAAAACAGUGUUGCCUACAGGAGGUCAGUUAUGCACGGACAGAGGCAACAACUAUCUGGGAGAAAGUAGAAGUGCGAGGAAUAAGUCAGGCAUAUUUGUCACAUUUGCAACAGCAGCACCUAGCUGAGCUUUAGUCUAUCAAUUUUGAGGAAUCUACAGUUUCAAUAAUCAAAACUUCAACAUGGGAUCUCACGAAAUGGCAGAUGAACUGCAAUACAUGAACAAGUAUAAGUCUAUCAUAAAGCGGGUCGGGCAAAAGCAUGGAGUGGCGCCAUCCAUCAUAGCUGGUAUCAUCUCUCGAGAGACCAGGGCUGGGACAGGAGCAGGACUGGUCAAUGGUUGGGGGGACAAUGGAAAUGGGUUUGGACUCAUGCAGGUUGACAAAAACUGGCACAAGCCACGGGGGAGAUGGGACAGUGAGGAACAUCUCAGUCAAGCAACUGAGAUUCUCGUUGAUAUAAUCGGAUCGGUCCGGAGUAAAUUCCCUUCAUGGACCGCAGAGCAGCAGCUGAGAGGAGGAUUAGCGGCCUACAAUACGGGUCUGGAUAAUGUCCACUCAUACAGCAGAGUGGAUGAGAACACCACUGGGGGGGACUACUCCAGGGAUGUUCUUGCCAGAGCUACAUUUUACAGAAGCAAUGGUUAUUAAAGUCAACUCAGUGGUUGCCUAGCAGUCUGAUUCAGACCAUUGUGAAGAAAAUGACAUAUCCUUUACUACCUUAUCGAAACUUAGGCUGAUGUUUAAUUGUUAAUUAAUUAUGAUUCAUUAAUCCAGUAUUUACUCAUCCUUGCCCUUGGGUGCACAUUUUUGUUUUUGGCCUAGCACUAACACCCUUGAGUCAACUCAUCAUCAAACCUUUAGUUGGGAAGCACAGAUUUAUAACAUUCUAGUUCAUAUGAUUUUCCAAUCCCAAUGUAAUAAGAAAUGUUUCUGACCUAUUUGUGCUCCCUGCGAUUGUCUUGCACCAUCACUAUGUAUUGAAAUAACAUGACUAGCUACAACCUUAAAAAUAAAACGUAUGAUUACAGUC